AUGGCUGACCUAGACAAAGAUGAUGACCAUGGUGUGGACCUGUUUCCUGACAAAGAUUUUCAACUUGUCUUCAACAAGAAGAAAAGGAAUAAGAAAGGGAAAAUUGCUUACAACACUAGACCUCGAUCUAAGUUUGUCUUUAUAGCUGAACCUUGGAUGAUUUUGGAGAACUUUCCUCAAAGAUGGCUUGCCAAGUUUGAUCUUAAGAUUUUUGCUGUAAACAAUAGAGAUUCUAUGUUACCAAAUCUUUGGUGUCUUUGUAAAACUAAUUAUAAUCUUGAUAUCCUUUUGAUUGAUGAUCAACACGUAGCUUUAACCAUUAACAUGCAUAAUUCUACUUAUGGUUUCUCUGUGAUUUAUGCUUCCACUAGCUACAUACAUAGAAGAAACCUAUGGAAUGCUCUUAGUAACUUUCCUGUCAACAUACCCUGGACAUUCAUUGGGGAUUUUAAUGCAAUUGCUAGUGUUUCUGAAUAUAGAGGAAGCCACAGUCCUGCUAGUAUACCUAUGAAUGAUUUUCUUAAUUGGACUGAUAAGAACCAGCUAAUUCAUGUACCAACCUUAUGCAAUGCCUUCACUUGGUGCAAUGGUAGAAAAUGUAGGCAUAUGACAGAAAAGAUGCUUGAUAGAGCUAUUUGUAGUAUUCCUCUCAUGGAUAUUUGUCAUUCUGUUGUGUGCAACACUCUGCCCAAAACUAAUUCUGAUCAUUACCAGAUCCUUCUUACCAUUAAUUUUGAUGAGAUUGUGUUUAGAAGUCAGUUCAAAUUCCAUAAAAUGUGGACUGCUCAUGCUGAAUAUGUUAGGAUAGUGAGUGAGUCUUGGAAGGUUAAAUUCCAUGGUUGUCCUAUGUUUAUCCUGGAUCAAAAGUUAAAGCAUCUAAAAAAUAGACUUAAAUUAUGGAACAAAACUACCUUUAGGAAUGUUAAUGAUAAGGUGACUGAGGCAGGUAAUAAGCUUAAAGCUAUACAAACUGAUAUUGAGAGACUAGGUUAUACUGAUUCUUUACGUGAUCAGGAGGUAAGUGCUCAACAUGACUUAGAUCUGGCCCUUAACUUGGAAGAAGAGCUUUGGAAGGAGAAAUCUAGGCUCAAUUGGCAUCUUAAGGGUGAUAGGAAUACUAGGUUUUUUCACACCGAUGAAAAAAUUAAAAGAAAAACAAAUUUGAUUACUUCCCUUCUAAUUGAUAGUAAGAUUGAGGCUGACCAAAGUAAGCUGGAAACACACGUAGAAAACCAGAAUACUGGUUUAAUCCAGAAAGUGACCCCCCAGCUUGUCACUGAUCAAACUAAUGACAUGCUUAUUAAGCUUUCUAAUGCAAUGGAGAUACAUAAUGUUGUUUUAAGUCUAAACAUCGACUCUGCUCCAAGACCUGAUGGGUUUGGAGCCAUCUUCUAUGUGCAUUACUGGGACAUAAUAAAAGAAGAUUUGGUGAAUGUUGUCUCUCAAUUUUUCUUGCAGGGAUGA